GGCGGGUCCUGGCAUAGGGUCCUCAACAACCCCCGGAGGUGCAGCGGCUGGCCAGAGCGCCCACUGCCUAACGGAGAGACCCCAUCGUGGCGCGAUCAUGCUCCGGGUCCCCCUGUGUACGCCGCUCCCGCUCCUGGCACUGCUGCAACUGCUGGGCGCUGCGCACGGCAUCUAUGCGGAGCUGACCCGGAAGUCUCUCACUGGCCACUGUCCUUUCUCAGGAAGUCACUUGCCCCCCAGAGUCCACUGGCACUGAGCCUUGGGGGGGGACUCUUCAGGAGCUGAGAGAAUGACGCUCUUCAGGCAGUUGUCGCUGGGCUCCAAGGCUGCCCUGGCUGCAGCCACGGUCUUCCUGUCCAUGAUCCUCUCCCGCUCCUUUCUGGCUGAGACCCUUGAGCUCCAGGCCUGGCGCUGGCUGUUCCGCCUGCAGCUGAUCCUGUUUGUAAACUCGAUCAUGCUCAUUGGCUCCUCGUACAUCUGGCGGAGCACCGUGAGCAACCUCAGCCAUUCCCCUGCCGUGGAAUCUACCUGUUUCCAGAUUUGGAAGCUGGCUGUCAUGGCGUUUCUGGCCCUGGCACAUUCCAGCUUCUUCACCAUGCUCUUCUUGGUGGCCGAGGAACCCUACAUGUUUUCCUUAACAGCCUACUCCUGCCUGGGUGCCUACAUCAUCAUGGUCUUCUUCCUUUGUAUCUUGAAUGCCAUGGAGCAGGCCUACCAGUUCUUAGCCUGGCGCAGCGGUAGGGUGGUGGGCAGCCUGGACAAGACAAGGCACCUGGUGCUCAGGCCUGCGCUGGCAGUGGCCGUGACGGCGGUGCUCAGUACCAUUGGCCUUCUGAAUGCUGCCCAGCCCCCAGUGGUGAAAACCGUGGAGGUGCCCAUCCAUCAGCUGCCCGCCUCCAUGGACAACCUCAAGAUUGUGCUCCUUUCUGACAUUCACUUGGGGCCCACAGUGGGCAGGACCAAGAUGGAGAUGUUUGUGAGGAUGGUGAACAGGCUAGAACCAGACAUCACAGUGAUCGUGGGCGACCUCUCCGACUCGGAAGCCUCUGUCCUGCGGACGGCAGUGGCUCCUUUGGGCCAGCUCCAUUCCCGCCUUGGCACCUACUUCGUCACGGGUAAUCACGAGUACUAUACAUCGGACGUCAGCAACUGGUUCACACUGCUGGAAUCCUUGCACGUCCGGCCCCUACAUAAUGAGAAUGUAAAGAUUUCUGCCCCCGGGGACCCGGACAGUGCGGGGAGAGAUAGAGAAUGGGUCUGCUUAGCCGGCGUGGAUGACAUAGAAGCAGACAUCCUUCACUACUCUGGGCAUGGCAUGGACCUUGACAAGGCUCUGGAGGGCUGCAGCCCAGACGAUGCCACCAUCUUACUGGCUCAUCAGCCUCUGGCUGCCAAGAGAGCCCUCCAGGCUCGGCCAGAUAUAAACUUGAUCCUUUCUGGACACACUCACGCAGGGCAGAUCUUCCCCUGGAAUGUCGGAGCCUAUCUCCUGAACCCUUUCUUUGCUGGGCUCUACCAAGUGGGCAAGGCGACGUUUGUGUAUGUUAGCCCAGGUACAGCCUACUAUGGGAUACCCAUGAGGUUGGGGAGCAGGGCAGAAAUCACAGAGCUCAUCCUGUGGCGGCCUUCAUAAACCUGCCCCGAAGGCCCUACCUUGCCUUGCCCUGCCCUGGCCUGACCUUCCUCCAUCUCCUGCUCCGUCCCAGCCUUGCCAGCACGACUUUGGCCACAGUCUGCUGGGAACAGCGUUUGCAGUGGGGAUGCCUGGCAAGUCCGGGCAGGCUUAACUCUUCAGAUAAUCAAUUGCUUUUUGACGAUACACCCGUGGGUCUGCUUGGCCAUGGAAGUGCGAACAUGCAUUUGUUUUCCAGCUGCUGCAGAGAGGGGGUCCUUUUGCAGGGUGUGGGGUGGCUGGAAAUGGUACUUCUUGACCAAACGCAGGGAGAGGCAGGAACGCUUGUCUCCUGUGGGUUUAGCCCGUUAGGGCUUGGGUGGGCUCUGGGAUUAUUUGAUUAGAGAUAGCUGGUUUGGGCAUGGGCCAUGUUGAGAGAGGCAUCACCUCUCUGCUUGCCUGAGGAGAGUAUCACUUUCCUCUUUGUCAAUCAAGGUCACCUUUAUCGAGGGCAUCGGCAAGCCCCAUUGAAACAUGGGGACCUUUCUGUCUGCACCAUGAGGGGUGCUGAUUACUGUGCUGGGUGGCUGGGCCAGGGUGGCUUGAGAUGAAAUCAUGGGGACUGUGGUAGGGGAUGACUGCCAUCCCUUAAUGGCAGCUCUGAGUCCCUGUUCUGUGUAGUCUUUGUGUGAGAUCAUUUAGGAGAGGCUCCUUCUGUGUUUGGGGGUGAGGAAGGACACUGGGUGUGAUGAGAUACCUCUUUAAAAAAAGGCAGUGACAAAUACUUCCCUAGAUGGCCCUCCACUCCAGGUUCCAACUCAGUGUGCGAGGGGGAGCUGCCUCCUCCUAAAAGUUCACUCUACAGCCUGAUGGUUUAGCAUCUUUAGAGGUUACAGUGAACAUGGGGUUCUAUGUGCAGAUAAACAAGACCCUAGAGCCCCACGUUCCCUUCAAAAUAGUUCACUUGUUUGAGGAAGGCUUCAGUUCACUCAUAGCUAGAUGAGGGGAGGCCUCUAAGAGAGUCGCUCAUUGCAGGAGGUCAUCUGUUAAGUUCUGACUAGUUCAUUGAUUGGCACCUCCUACCCAUCACACCAGCCAGGUUUGGGCCUGAGAUUUUAGAGAGAAGCUGAGGUUUCUUGUCUACCCAUAGGAAACCUGAAGCUGCCACGGGUAUGACCCAGCUCUGCCCCUGCAGGUUGCCCCAGACCCCAGCUAUGGAAAGACAGGACUGACCGUCUUACCUGCGUGGGGGGGUUCUAACUGAUCUACCUUGGCCUCUGCCCACAGAAGCAUAGGGUCAUUCAUAGGACUUCAGACCCACAAGGAAAACAAAAGGAGCUAUCUUGUGCAGUGCCAGAAGAUUUGUUGGUCUAGCCUUUGCCAGGGGCAAGAGAGACUUUGCCCUUCACAUAGCAGAGAGCUAGCUAGCCCUAAGAAGGCUCUACUGAGAUGUGUUUAAGAACAUCUAGUCAGCCGGGCGUGGUGGCGCACGCCUUUAAUCCCAGCACUCGGGAGGCAGAGGCAGGCGGAUUUCUGAGUUCGAGGCCAGCCUGGUCUACAAAGUGAGCUCCAGGACAGCCAGGGCUAUACAGAGAAACCCUGUCUCGAAAAACCAAAAAAACCCAAAAAAAAAAAAAAAAAAAAAAAAAAAAGAACAUCUAGUUAGCUGAGGGUCCUCUGCCUGGAGGGGGGGCUUCCUGCUGCUUGUGAGAGAGAGUAGAAGCCUGGCAGUGACAAGACCCCCUAGAUUCUUAGCUUCCAUCAUCCCAGAAAUGGCUGUACUUCUUGGAUCUACCUCAAGGCUGCUUUGCUGAGAGAAUGCUGAAAGCUUGUACCUACAGUGAACACACAGUAUAAUGCUAAUGUGCUAAUCAGUGAACCAAGACCUGCUAAGGAACAUUGCCAAGCACAAGUGCCAAGAAUCAAUCCAGUGGGUUGCCAAUGGGUGGCGUGCUGCCCUCCAGCAUAGCCCAGAUGUCCAUAUGACACUAAGAGCCACCUUCCUGGUGAGUGCCUGAGUUUCUUACACGUACUCUGCUUCUGUAAAUGGGCAUUCUUCACUUCACCCUUUUGAAUUUUUGGUGUGAUGAGGUCUGGUGUGCAGGAGGCUGCUGACCCAUUCUUGUCUCCCAGCAGGUAGGGUAUUGACAGGGGACCAUCUGAUCCCUAAAUCAAGCAAGCAAGCAAGCAUACCUGUAAUUCCCAGCACUCAGUGUUUAGAGACAGGAAAAUUAGGAGUUCAAAGCUAGUAGUGAGUUUGAGGCCAUCCUGGGCUACAUAAGAUCCUGUCUGGGGAGUGGGAGGAGGAAGAGAAAUAAAGAGCUUUGCCUUGAUACUGUGAUGGGCUCAUUCGCCUCUCACCCCAGACAGGAGUUCCGAGCACUAGGAGAGAUUUUGUAAAGACCAUGACCUGUUGUUGGGAUUCUAGGAGAGGCCACCACUCCAUACCUUUCAGUACCUUGCUCCCCCAGACUCCUCUGAGCACAGCCUACUCCUGCCACCCCUCCAACCUCAUCCUUUCUCCAUGUUCUCCAUUUCUGCUGUUUCAGCCCUUUUGGGAUCACGGCUGUCCUUUCUGUUCUCCUCAGCUUUGGAAUUCAUCAGACUGAGCCGUCUGGAUCUUUCUCUUCAGGGCAUUAGACCCAUCCUGGGUCUCAUUUUGAUACUGUCACCUUGUGAUCUGUGUGCACACAUCGCCUAUUUUGGCUUUCAGGUUGUUUUGUUGUUGUUUGUUUGUUUGUUUGUUUGUUUUUGAGGCAGGGUCCUGCUUUGUAUACCAGAUGGCCUUCAACUCGAGGCUAUCCUCCUGCCUCUGCCUCCCCAAGAGCUGGAUGCCAGCAUGUGUCACCCCCACCUGGCUCCUUCAUCCUCUCUGAACACAAUGGGGUUGGGUUACCUCUCGGUGAGAGAUAAACUUGCCUUGCAAGUCUGAGUCCCUGGGUUCAAUCUCAGGACAUCACAGAAAGGAAAAACAGCGGGACAGUGAGGUGUCUCAACAGGCGGCCUCACAAGCCUCACUUCAGUUCCAUCUCUGGAACUCAUGGUGGAAGGAGAGAACCAACCCCACAGAACUGUUCCCCGACCUCCCGCACGGAUGCGGUGCCAUGUGGGCCCACAUUUACACACAACGCAGAUACGGUAAUAGAAAGAAAAUAAUUGCAACGAGAUGAGACUGCCUGUUCUUCUGAAGGUCUGUAUCCUAAUAGAAGGGAAGUGAUGAUUCUGUGUUCUCAUCAGGUCCUGUCUCCUUGAUCUGUUUCUUCACCUUCUUCAUGCCUUCCGGGCUCUCAAGCAUGUUAGCACAUGCGCAGUGUUCAUGACAUUUCCUUCUCUGUCCCCCAUUGACUCCGUCCUAAGGAGGCCAGCUGCUCUGGAAUUCAAACUCUUCUGCCCUCGUGCUGCCAUGCCCGCCCUCUGACGGUCACUUUUAUUUCUGUGGUUCCAGUUUUUCUAUGCCCCAUUUCCCUUCUGAAUUCUGUUGUUGGGGUGUAGCUAAAGGGCUGACACUUGUGUUGCCAAUUAUCCGUUUUGCUUACUCUCCUGUGGUUUUCUUCUGCUCCCCAUUCCAUCCAUCUCUGUUCUGUUUGUUCUCUUGUUUUGUGUUGUUUGGAGACAGGGUCUCAGGGUGUAGCCCUGGAAUUCACUGCAUAGACCAGGCUGGCCUACGAGGCCAGGAGAGCUGUCUGACUCUCCAUGCCCAGUUCUUUCUCUAAUUUCUUGAGGAAGUGCCACUUUAUAGUUCUAUGUUUGAGGCAAAGUCUGAAAAGGUUCAGUAUACUGUGCGGGCUACUUCUCUUUAAGUCUGUAGUGUUCCUCUCACUCAUGAGUGCGUGUGUGUGUGUGUGUGUGUGUGUGUGUGUGUGUGUGUGUGUGUGUUUAGUACUAAUAUGGAGGUCAGAGGACAGGUCCUCUUCUUCCUGUGGGUCUCUGGGAUCAAACUCACAUUCUGCCAAGCGCCUUUACUUAGCUAUUAUUAUUAUUAUUAUUAUUAUUAUUAUUAUUAGUCACGUGUUGGUCUGUGUGUCUGCAUGUGGGCCUGUGCCCAUGAAUGCAGAUGCCGAGGGAGCUGGAGGAUGGGGGCAGCGAUGGCAGGAGGUUGUGAGUGCCUGACGCUGAGCCACCAAACUCACUGUUGCUCCAUCUCCUGCUUCCUAUUUUUGUUUUUAAAACGAUACCUCUGUCUUUUUCCCCCACAGAAGGACAGGAUUAAGCUAAUCACUGGUGAGGAGAGCGCAGGAGGGUUAGGGUCCAGACACAAGUGCCCGUCGCUCUUGGUGUCCUCCAUUCUGCUGUCCCCUCCCUCCCCGUGGCAGUGUCCUCUCUUUAGCCAGGUGUUUCAGAUGUGAAGGAAAAAAAGUUUUUGACGCAAGACACAUAAAACAAGCAAGAUGAGUAAGUAUAGGUGUGUGGUAGAGCAGGUAUCCACAGAUCUGUCCUGGGGCCAUUUUCGCCGAGAACUUCAGUUGCUUCACUCCACCAGCCUGUUGGAAGGACAUCCUGACCACAGCAGCCUCUGGACUCCCGGCCAUCUGAAGUCACUCUUGGCUUGGGCCUUAAGUGUGCAGAGCCCUUCCUCCCCCUCUUUCCAUAGCCCUGGGUCUCUGGUGAAACAGCUGAGUUUUUCCACCCUGGGGCUGAGGUGCCCCUUUCAGGAACUCCGCGGGCCCCUGGGGUGAGUUGGCAGGGCUCGUGGGGUGUGACUAGAUACCCACUGGAUUGGAACUUCCCAGCUUCCUCCCAGAAAACCUGGAGACAAGGCCUUGCUUGACCAUUUAAUUUAUAAUGACCCUUAACCUGUGAUGUCACCAAGCUGCUUUGACUCAAGUCCAGGAAUGUGCACGGGGGAUGCAGAUUUGUUUUUAGCACCGAGGACUAGAACUCUUCGGGGAGAUGUUCGGGGUACCCAGAGACACUUGUACUGUGUUGUGGUUAGUGUUCUAUUUUAUUUUUUUUAAGAUGCUUAUAACUGAAGAUAUCACACUGGUCGGUACUAGACCCCUGAUGAGUACUUGAUCUGAGGGUGUCGUGGGCGUACUGCCUUUUUUUUUUUUUUUUAAACCUCCAGUAUUAUUAUAUGCAUUGUGUGUGUAGUGGGGGUGGGGACUCCAGGGGACCUGAACAUCCAUUAUGGCUGUGCUUGCAAUUUGUGUUUUGUUUUGUGUUCCUGUGGCUAUGCACUUUGUAAAAACACUGAUGCCACUACACCCUGCAAGUGUGAAAUAAAGAUUUCUCUCUUCAUGAUCA